AUGAUCGAUGGUGAUAUAGAUAAUCGUCAUGGUAUAGUAGUAGAGGAUGAGAAAGAUACUACUACAGUGAGUAUAAAUCAUAACAUCCACUCGACUAGCCAUUCAUCAUCACAUUAUGCUGAUCCUGAUGUAUGGUCUCCUACUAAAGAGUAUAAACUACGAGCUGGAUGUGUGGUAUAUGACGAAUCUGGUACUAAUAUAUUAUUAGUUAAUUCUACUAGACAUGGAUCUGAUCGUAUGACACAUACUAUACCAUCUGGUAAAGUAGAAUCAUUUGAUCAAGAUUUGGAGACAGCAGCAUCGGAAUUCCGUGAGAGGAUGUGGUGUAGUGUAUCAAGAGCACUAUCCUUAUUAGGAAGGAAGAAGCCUCAUUACCGUUUAGCUCUACAUAUGGCUGCUAAUAAGGUAGAUGGUAAUGAUGAGAAGCAGAAAAAGAUGAUGAUAGAUAGUACCAAUGGGGUAGUACUUCUCAAUAUCGAUGAUGACCAGGAUGGGGCUCAUCAAUUAACACCACCACCACCACAAGCACAAGCAACUCGGAUUCCUAUUCUAUUGAUGAUCUAUUAUCUGAGGAAGAUGAUGAUGAAGAUUAUGAUGAUUAUGAUGAAGAGUGUCUAA